CACUCCCCUUCGGGACGCGGAGCGCGGCGGAGGCGGGGAGGAGGUGUGGCGUCGGUGGGGCGGGCCGAGCGAAGGAGCGAGCGAGUGAGCGAGCGGGCGAGUCCUCAGGAGUGGGCGGGAGCUUGUUGCUGUCCCCGCCCUCUUAAGGGAGAGGCGCGGAAGGAGUCCGUGUCGGCGGCGGGCGGGCCGCCGGCUCCUCUUUAAGGCGGCCGCACGUGCGUGCGGCGGUAGCGGAGACCCGGAUGCCGGGGCCGUCGGGCCCCACCAUGCCGCAGAUCGUGGAGAAGCUGAGGGAGGUGCUGAAGUCGGGGCGGCGGGAGGCGGGCGACGAUGGGGAGCUGGGCCGGCUGCUGGCCGCCUCGGCCAAGAAGGUGCUGCUGCAGAAGAUCGAGUUCGAGCCCGCCAGCCGCGGCUUCUCCGGCCAGCUGGAGCUGCUGCGGGGGAAGUACGUGCUGCUCAACCCCCGGGCCGGGACCGAGACCGAGACCGCCAGCCGCCACAGCGGCCUCGAGGAGAGACCGCCCAGCCGGCAGGGUGGCGACCGUGCCGGCAUGGGGGACGGGAUCCCCAUGCCCCAGAAGGUGCUCUUCCCCGUGGAGCGCCUCUCCGUAAAGUGGGAGCGGAUCUACCGCAUCGGUGCCGGGCUGCACAACCUAGGGAACACCUGCUUCCUCAACUCCACAGUGCAGUGCCUGACCUACACGCCGCCGCUCGCCAACUACCUGCUUUCCAAGGAGCACAGCCGCACCUGUCAACAAGGAGGCUUUUGCAUGAUGUGCAUUAUGCAGAACCACACCAUCCAGGCUUUUGCCAACAGCGGCAAUGCAAUAAAGCCAGUGUCCUUCAUCCGAGACCUCAAGAAGAUUGCCCAGCACAUCCGCUUCGGGAGACAGGAGGAUGCACAUGAGUUCCUGCGUUACACCAUUGAUGCCAUGCAGAAGGCCUGCUUGAAUGGCUGUACCAAGUUGGAUCGCCAGACCCAGGCCACGACGCUGAUUCACCAGAUCUUUGGCGGUUACCUGCGGUCCCGUGUGAAGUGCACGGUGUGCAAGGGCGUCUCGGACACCUAUGACCCUUACCUGGACCUGGCACUGGAGAUUGGGGGUACCCAAGCCACAAACAUAGUGCGGGCGCUGGAGCUGUUUGUGAAGCCAGACAUGCUGGGGGGUGAGAACGCCUACAUGUGUGCCAAAUGCAAGAAGAAAGUGUCGGCCAGCAAACGCUUCACCAUUCACCGAGCCUCCAAUGUUCUCACGCUCUCACUGAAGCGCUUUGCUGACUUCGGUGGAGGCAAAAUCACAAAGGACGUGGGGUACCCUGAGUUCUUGAACGUCCGCCCUUACAUGUCUCAGAACAACGGGGAUCCUGUCAUGUACGAACUCUACGCAGUGCUGGUGCACUCUGGCUACAGCUGCCACGCAGGGCAUUAUUACUGCUAUGUGAAGGCCAGUAAUGGGCAGUGGUAUCAAAUGAACGAUGAUGUGGUCCGCUGCAGCAAUAUCAAAGUGGUCCUCAACCAGCAGGCCUACUUGCUGUUCUACCUGAGAAUCCCCAGCCCCAGGAAGAGCUCAGAGGGGCCCAUUGCCAGAGCUGCCUCCAGCCUGUCUGGCCGCACUCGCGGCGGCGUCUCUGAUCAGGUCAAGAAAACUGUGAACUUCAGGUCCCUGUCUUCACUGCCAAUGGGCCAGAGACCAGACAUGCUGCCGGGGAAGAAGCUGCCGGGGAAGAAGCUGCCAGGGCCAGAGGAGGUCGGAGUCCCUGUGGCCCGCAGCGUGGUCAGGACGGGGCCGAAGCUGUCGAACGGAACCGCUCCGCCGAAGCUGCCUGCUGGGUCCCCAUCACGCAAACUGCCUCUUAGAGCCAGCCAUUCGGACACAGCAGUGCCCACGGGUGCAGCCCGGAAGCCCAAGAAGCCGGUCUCCUUCCCGCAGCUGCCUCCCGUGCCCAGAGCAGGUCGGGGCUUCUGCAACACCAGCAAUGCAAGUGGGGCCAAAGCGGGGCUGUCCCGGCAGAGCUCCUGGGAGAGCAAGCAGCCACCUACCUCAUCCAAGCUGCCGCUGGAGCCCGGGGGCAGUGAGGAGAACACCAGGACCCUGGAGAAGGACUCCUGUGGCAGCAGUGCUGACAGCCUAGUGCAUGGCACACCGGGAAAGCCGGCCAAAGCAUCCCAGAAGGCCAAGAGCAGAACCAGCAGCUUCUGUACCUCUCAGGAAACGGACUGUGGCACGGACCUCCCUGCUGGCCCUGGCACCGAGCUGGCUGCCUCCAAAGACUCCAAGUUGGCAAAACCUAAAUCCUCCCUGUUGGCCAACGCUGCUCUGGAGCCAGGCAGCACCGUGUCACCGCCACCAGCCAAGAAGCUGGCACUCUCUGCCAAAAAGGGCAGCACCCCGCGGAAGGCGAGGGGAAGUGACCGCCACACACAACCUCACCCACAAUUUGCUGACCGCACCUGCCCCACGAACACCACCCACUCUGAGUCCACUCCCCAGCCUUUCGGCAAGUCAAGGCUGUCCUCAUCUGCUCUCAAAAUGCCAAAUCCUGAAAAGCCUACCUUCAGCUUCAUCCUCAGCUCAGCCCCUUGGCUCCCAGCCUCCCCCCUGACCAACGGUUCCACUGCCCACCCUUCACACUACCUUCCUUCAUGCAGCAGGGAGAAGGGCACCCCUGGUUCCUCCAAAAAGAAGCAGCGAAAGCAGCAUCGUGGAGCAGUCGGCAGGUCUCGUGCUCUAGCUGUGAAGGGCAAGGAUGAAGUCUCCAACCCCCCCACGAAGAAGAAACUCAUUCAGGAGGGCUUGGUGUCCCUCGUGGGGAAGGAGGCAGCAGGCAAGGGUCCCAGCAGCGGCCAGGAGGGUCUGGGCUCUCAGAACCUGGAGAGCCGGCCCAAGCCACAGGUGUCAGACCCCAGGGCUUCCCUGGACAAGGAAUCCAUCUACCUCUGCAAGAAGAAGAAAAAGAAGAAGAGGAGGAGAAUGGAGGAGACAGAAGAGCACUGCCCUGGGAUGCUGUCCUUGGACAGCUCUAGGAGGGCUGAGACGGAGCCCCGGAGGAAAAAGCAGCGGCGGAGUGUGGAGGCUGGUGCUGGAGAGAGCGAGCACCGCAAGCGCAAGUGGAGGGAAAGCCUCAGCAGCCCAGCCUUGGAGCAGCCAGCUGCCAACAGUGACUCCCUGCCUGUUUCCGCAGUGGCAGCGUCCAGCCAGGCUGGAGAAGAGUACAGGCAUUGCCUGGCUGCCCUGAGCCCUGAGACCGGCCAUGGGACUGGCAUAGCACCUGGGAGCCAGAAGGAGUCCAGCGUGGUGGAGGAGCUGCUUGGGAACUCCUUGGACAAGGCUUAUGGCAAACAAGUCUUGACCUGGGAAGGCAAGAUCUCAGCUGUCAGCCAGGAUGCCAUUCGAGACGCAGCGUGGGCCCGGAGCGAGACUGUCAUCGAUGAGUGGGACGAGGAUUUUGACAGAGGGAAGGUAAAGAAGAUUAAACUGAAGCAGGAACGGAGGAGACGCUUCAAUUCCUUCCAAGAGCUGCAGAGCAAGUGCAACUUCUGGUUGGUGACUCACCCUGCCAAGGUGGCCAGCCUGAGCCACCGGCUCUGAGGUUGCAAUCUGUGUCCCCCAGCUGGCGAACGGAGCGGUCCUGGGUCAAGGACCGGUUGGGGAGUGCUGUCCUGGGAGCUGCUGGUGGACCCUGCUGCAGAGGGAAGGGGACACUAGUCCCGCAUGUCUCCAGGGCCCCAGCCCUGGGGUCGUGCUGUGCUUGGUGGCCCCUGCCUUCCCCUUCUCAGAGCUGCUGCCCCUGCAGGUCCCAGGGUCCUUGUGGGCAGGGGCUGUUUCCCUCUGCCCUCCAGCUGAGGAGGAGCCUGUCCAGCUCCAACCUGCCUUGUCCAGGCUCCUCUGCUAGCUCCUCUGUGCCUCUCUGCCUGGGGCUGGAGCACCCCCCUCUUCCACCCAGCCUGGAGUUUAAGGCUCGGGGGGGGGGGGGGGGACGACUCCUGGAAAGUGCCUGUGGCCCAUCCCUGCUGCUCCAGGUUCACGUGCCCCCCACCAGUCCUGUGGGGAGAGGGACGCCAGCCCACACUGCAGAGCUGGGACCACCAAGGCUGGCGUCCCUCUCCCCCUCUUGCCCUGCUCCGUGCCCGGCUGGCCCCUCACCCCCCUCCUCUCCCC